GUCUCUCUCUCUCUUUUUUCCCUCCUCCUCCAGUGAGGCAUUAGAGAAGAUGAGAGGUGUUUAUGAACGGAACCCUCAGAUGGGAGACCCAGCCAGUCUAGAACCUCAGAUCACCCAGACCUCGCAGAACGUUGGACGACUCAGAGGACAACUCACCAAAUACGAGUCAUGGCUGGCUGAGGCUUUCAGAGGAGAUGAUUCUACCAACACUGCUGUCAACAACAAUCAAUACUGUUCCAUGUCAGCUGAUCCGUCUCAGAACAUCUACUCAGAGUUUGAUGAAGACUUUGAUGAAGAUGUGGAGACUCCUAUAGGAAAGGCUACUGCCCUCUACACCUUCCAAGGUUCCAGUCAGGGGACAGUGUCUAUAACAGAAGGCGAGCAGCUCAGUGUGAUGGAGAGUGAUAAAGGAGAUGGAUGGAUGAGGGUUCUACGAGCCAACGGAGACGAAGGAUACAUCCCCUCAUCCUACGUCAAAUUCUAGACAAUAACACACACACACACACAUGGAUACACCGAUUUAACACACACACGCGGACGGACGGACACACACUCCUUUCAGCCAAGGACUUCCAUUCUGUGUGUCUCUUACUCUCUCUACCUCUCUCACUCUUCCUCUCUCUCUCUACCUCUACCUCUCUCUCUCUACCUCUCUCUCACUCUUCCUCUCUCUCUCUACCUCUACCUCUCUCUCUCUAACUCUCUCUUUUUCUCUACCUCUCUUCCCCUCUACCUCUCUCUCUUUCUCUACCUCUCUCUCUACCUCUCUCUCUUUUUCUCUAGCUCUCUUUCUCUCUACCUCUCUCUCUUUUUCUCUACCUCUCUUCCCCUCUACCUCUCUCUCUUUCUCUACCUCUCUCUCUUUCUCUACCUCUCUCUCUACCUCUCUUUUUCUCUACCUCUCUUCCCCUCUACCCCUCUCUCUCUCUACCUCUCUCUCUUUUUCUCUACGUCUCUUCCCCUCUACCUCUCUCUCUCUUCCUCUCUACCUCUCUCUCUUUCUCUACCUCUCUCUCUUUUUCUCUACCACUCUUCCCCUCUACCUCUCUCUCUACCUCUUCAUCCUCCUCCCUCCACCCCUCUCUCUCUACCUCUCUCUCUACCUCUUCAUCCUCCUCCCUCCACCCCUCUCUCUCUACCUCUCUCUCUACCUCUUCAUCCUCCUCCCUCCACCCCUCUCUCUCUACCUCUCUCUCUACCUCUUCAUCCUCCUCCCUCCACCCCUCUCUCUCUACCUCUCUCAC